UUCUAGGUAUAAGAAAGAAUGACCUCAUAGGGGUGGAGCUCUGGGACUCCGAGGAGGUGGCAGUCACAGCCAGGUAAGCUGGAGGGAAGCCUGUAGGCAGGAGGGGCAGUUAAUCUGCGGCUUUCCCCCCACCGGAGGCUCCUCAGCAUCCAGCCGUUGUCUGCGAGCCUCUGAAGCUUGACUUUGCCUCAGAUGGAGCCCAAGGAAGCCACCGGGAAAGAAACCGUGGUCACCAAGAGAAAGAAUCUGCCCUUCUUGAGGCCCAGGUUGUACAUGCUGGAGAGAAGGAAGACUGACACUGUGGUGGAGAGCAGUGUCUCUGGGGACCACUCGGGUGCCUUGAGGAGGAGCCAGUCUGACAGGACCGAAUACAACCAGAAGUUACAAGAAAAGAUGACUCCCCAGGCCGGAGGUUCUGCAGCUGAGACUCCAACUCAGGAGGAAGAGCACCAGAUGCAGAGAAUGAUGGCAAAGCGGUCGAAAAUCAUCAAGGAGCUGAUACAGACGGAAAGGGACUACCUCAACGACCUGGAGCUGUGCGUGAGGGAAGUGGUUCAGCCCUUGAGAAGUAAGCAGAUCGAUCGGCUGGACGUGGACAGCUUGUUUAGCAACAUUGAAUCCGUGCAUCAGAUAUCAGCCAAGCUGCUGUCGUUGUUGGAAGAGGCCACAGCAGACGUGGAACCGGCCAUGCAAGUAAUCGGAGAAGCAUUCCUGCAGAUCAAAGGGCCGCUGGAAGAUGUUUAUAAGGUCUACUGCUAUCACCACGAUGAGGCGCACAGCGUCCUGGAGUCCUACGAGAAGGAGGAGGAGCUGAAGGGACACCUGAGCCUCUGCAUCCAGUCUUUAAAGAAAAUAUACAUGCAAGAAGGCAAACCAAACUUACUGGACAUGGGCUCUCUGAUGAUCAAACCCAUCCAGCGUGUGAUGAAAUACCCGCUCCUGCUGUGCGAGCUUCGGAACUCCACCCCGCCCUGCCACCCGGACUUCCGAGCGCUGGAGGACGCCUUUGCUGCAGUGAGGGACAUUAACAUAAACAUCAACGAACUGAAAAGACGGAAAGAUUUAGUUCUAAAAUACAAGAAGAAUGAUGACGAUGAAUCACUCAAAGACAAAUUGUCUAAACUAAACAUUCAUUCAAUUAGCAAGAAAUCAAAAAGAGUGACAAAUCAUCUAAAGAUUCUGACAAGAGGAGAAUCACAGGUGAAAGACAAUACCUUUACCAGAGAAGAAAAGUUGUUUAGAUCUUUAGAGAAGGCCGUGAGGCAUUGUGUGAAGAACAUCUCACUCUGUCUUCAGCAUGUACAGGAUGCCACGCCCUUGGCUCUGCACAGUGCAAUGGCGCUCCAGGAGGUUUCAUGCGACAAAGACGAGGAGGAGAGGGGCCACUCAGAGGCCCCAAGUAAGGCCCCCAAUCCCUGUGAGGACUUUGCGGUUGGCUUGCAGAAGCUCGUUCUGACGCCGCUGUCAGCACUGCUGUCCCUGUUCCCAGGGCCGCAGAAGCUCAUCCAGAAGCGCUACGACAAGCUGCUGGACUGCAACAGCCACCUGCAGCGGGUGGCAGGCGCCGAGCCAGGCCUGGCCAAGAAGGAGUACGAGGCCCUCAACGCCCAGCUCGUGGAAGAGCUGCAGGUGUUCAACCGGGCCGCGCGGGCCAUCCUGUCCAACUGCCUGUGCAGCUUCGUCGCCCUCCUCGGGGACCUGACGCUGGCGGCCCGACGGCUCUACUCCACAGCGGGGCCGAUACCACUGUUGGCUUCAACCAUCUGUGAAAUUCAGAAUCGAGUACUAGAAGAGGUUCAAAAUCUGAAUUUUGUAAAGGACAACAGUGCCACCUUUAUUGAGAGGAAACUUAGUUUUGAAAAGAAGAAGCCUGUGCAAAUUCCGCCAGAAGCGCCACGUCAAACUGACGCUCAUCGCUCCAAACUUCUGUCCACAUACAGUACAGAGGAACUAUACCAGGCCAAGCGCAGGUGCAACGCUACACAGGAAUAUGACAUCAAUCUCCUGGAAGGGGAGUUGGUGGCAGUGAUGGAACAGAAGGACCCACUGGGGAGCACAAGCAGGUGGCUUGUGGAUACAGGACUUAUGAAAGGCUAUGUGUACUCCUCCUUCCUAAGACCCUACAAUCCAGCAAAAGUGCAGAAGGUGGAUGCUGAGCACAGGUUCUGUGAUGACGACUUUGAUAACAUCAGCCUCUUUGUGUCUUCACGGCCAGCUCGUGACAGUGUCACAGGCACCCCAGAAGGUAGCGUGAGUGACAGCAGCUCAUCUCUUAGUGGCACCUGUGGAAAGUCUGAGGCAAAUGGCACUGACCCUGACAGUUUUCAGGAGGUAGAUGAACAGAUUUUCUAUGCAGUUCACGCCUUUCAAGCACGGAGUGACCAUGAACUCAGCCUUCAGGAAUACCAAAGAGUUCACAUACUCAGAUUUUGUGACCUGAGUGGCAACGCAGAGUGGUGGUUAGCUGAAGCUCAAGGGCAGAAAGGCUACGUGCCAGCUAACUACCUGGGCAGGAUGACUUAUGCGUAGCAAGACAAGCCUUUGACUGUGAUUCCUGCAAGGUGCUGAUGGACUGCCUCACAGAACUGACACGACAACAUGCUGGCCUAGACGUCAAGAAACCGCCCAACUACAGGACCUGAUACUGCAUCAGGUUUUAAGAAAGACUCUGCUUCCUAACAAGAUUCUUUCAAAACGCAUUACGAAGAGCACAUGUUGAUGGAAACACGAAACAAACAGCCUGAGUGCCAGCUGUCGCCGACCUGAAGUGGAGAUCUUUGAAAGGGUGGACGUCUCCAUCACCAGGAAAGGCUGGGUCUAAGGAUAGGUUUCUUCAGUUUACUCUAUUAUGUAUUUUGCCUCAAAUGUUUUUGUUUUCCAUAUUUGUCACUCUUUUCAUAUGCUUGUACAUAUAUAUAUACACACACGCCUUACUGACUAUAUGGUUUAUAUAUAUGUAGUGUACCAUAUGAUAUGGAUUAUACACAUAUAUGCAUAAACCUGGGAGCAUACUAAAUAUACCUAAGAAUAGGAAUUGAUCACCAGCCAACCAGAAGUCUUUGAUGUGGAGCCUCAUUUUUUUGUUGUUUGGCUUGAGGAUUCACCCUGAGCUAACAUCUGUGCCAGUCUUCCCCCACUUACAUAUGGGACAUUACCACAGCGUGGCCGGUGAGUGGGCCAGGUCCAUGCCCUGGAUCAGAACCUGUGAACCAGGCAGCCAAAGCGGAGCACAUGGAACUUCAACCACUCGGACAUGGGGACAAGCUUGUGGAAUCUCUUUUCAAUAUACGCUUUAAGAGAAAAAAAAAAAUCCUUGAAUAACAUGGUAAUAAUAUCUUAACACUUACUGACUGCAUACUACAUGCUAUUGUUCUGAAUGCUUCUAUGUGGUACUUAUUUUAUACCUUAUGAGGAAACUGGCCCAAAGGUGAAGUGGUUUAGCCCAGGUCACAACUCUAGUAAGGGGUAGGCCUGGGGCUCCACCGGGUCUGGCUCUGGGCCCCAUCCUAGUGCCACGCUGCAGUCACUGUCCAGCAGCGUGUGCAGCUGCUUAUUGGCAGAGCAUUACUGACGCAGGGGAGCGACGUUGAGGAGGCCCACUCUCCUCGCAGCCCCACAUGUAAGGACGGACACAUUUUUCAAAAUCAAGGGCUACAGGAACUUCCAUAUUAGCCUACAGCAAAUGAAGUAGCUAGAUUUAUUUUUAUUGUUUUGCUUACACAUUUUUGAAAGUGUAACUGUUUAAAAAUGAUCCUACGUGAUCCCUAAUGACACUUGAAUGAGGAAAUAUUCUGGAUCGCUCAGUCAUAUGGACGAUGAACAGGGAAUGUGUUCUGUGCUCUGAGCCAAGAUUAACUGUUUUCAGCUGCGGUCUGUACGCGGACGAGGCAGGCACUGAGGAGACCACCUGCUGGAACGCAACGUCCCAGGACCCUGAACUGUAACUGGACAGCUCAGACCUGUCCCAAGAGUUCAGGUAUAUUUUUGUCAGGACAUUUUAUCAAACUAAAGAUGCUUCUUUGGAACAGAAAAGAGAUUAAGUUUGACCUAAUGACUUCCUUUAAAAACCGUGGACUUUGUCCACAUAAAAUGUGCUAAUAUGACAUUAAAUUUUAAGAUUUGAUGUCUGUAAUGUAUAUUGUUACAUAUAUUACGGAGGAAUUCAAGUAAAAUAGAGAGAUGCUGACUUGAACCUACACCUAUGACGCACAAAUUCAUAAUCAUGACGUCUGCAUGAGAGAAAUUUGCAUUUUAUAUUAUUCCUAAAAUUCUUAAUCUAAAUAUGGUAUUAUGAAGUUCCACUGGUAAGUUGUUUUUGCAUAAAAUAUUUUCUUGAGUUAGGUACCAAAAGACGACUCUCUUUUUUGGAUAUACAGGGACUUUUUGUCUUUUGAAUGGUGCUUCGUACCCAACAGUGAUACAUAAGUAAAUUCCAGUUUGCCUAGGGUAAAGCAAACGGAAAUCCAAACUUGCUAUUUGUGGACACUGGGGACACGCCACACAACUAAAAUAGGGCGAAACUCUGUAUAUGAAUGUGUGUGUAUUUCUAUUAGCUGUGACCUUAACACUUGCCCUGAACAUGAAGAAUUAUCUAAGUCUGUAGCACAUAUCUGCUUUUCUGGCUGAAAGCAGUGACUAGAUGUGUAUGAGAAGCUUUGUCUACUUGUGUGGUCCUAGGAUUGAUGCUUCCUGCUGACCUUGAAGAAACGACCCCACUAAAAUCACGGCUGCAGUCAGCUGCUGAGCAGGAGCUGUAAGGAAGCCACCUCCUGCAGCGCUUGCUCGAACAUAGUCCUAGGAAACUACGUUGUUGCUAUUUUAAAGAUGUACUACAUUUCCUACGCCAUUAGGCUUUUUUUUUUUUUUAAGCAUUAUACAACAGCCUGAUUUUCUAAGUAUUUUGUUUAAAAUCAAGUAAUUAUAAUUUUGAGGUCAGACAUUAUUUUGCCGGGCUUAAGGGAAACAAAAUUCCAAGAAAGUUAUGGUGUGUAUGUCUUCAAGUUUAGAAAGAUAAAACUGUUGGUGAAAUCAUUAUAAUUAAGGUAAGGCAUGCUAAUGAAAUUAUUUCUUUAUAUUUUUAAAAUUAAAUGUUAUUCUACAGUAUAGAAUUCUCUGAAAUGGGUAUUUCUACCAAGAAUGAAGGGAAA